AUGUCGCGAAGAAUUGGACGACGAGAAAAGAAGAAGAGCGCAUUAAUCUCCCAGUCCUCUUCUUUCUUAAACGACGACGAGGAGGAGUUCCAAAGGAGAAGACAAAGACAAAGAGGAAGAAAUGAGAACGCGAGGAGCAAAACGAACGCUUUAUCGUCGUCGUCGAGUAGUAGUAGUAGCAACAACAGCAAUAGUAAUACCGAUUUCGACGACCGCGUGGAAGAAGCGUCGAUGGCGGUGGAACGCGCAGAGGAACUCGCGGCACAAGCGGAAGCCAAGUUGAAAGCUUUAGAUGUGAAGAUGUCCUCGUCGUCUUCUUCUGACGACGACGACGACGACGAUGAAAACGAGGAGAAAUCGUCCUCGCGAGUGCAAGAGCUGAAGAAAUCGUUGGAAGAGAUGAAACAGGCGAACUUGGAGUUGAGGAAGAAGAAAGGGAAAGCGGCUUCUUCUUCCUCGUCGUCGUCGUCGUCAAAGUCGUCGUCGUCGACACCGGUAUCGCGAUUAGCCGCGAUCGAACGAGAAGAAAAAGAAGAAGAGGAAAAGAAAAAAGGAGUAGCCAACAACGCAGACGUGGACAACACGAACAAUUUCGGAGGCGGGUCGCAGCGACGCUUGUACGAUCAAAUGUUGACGCUGAGAACUCGAUUGAACGAACGCGUCGCGUCUUCAAACGCGUUUGCAAAGUAUCUCGAGAAAACGCUUUUAACUCGCGACGAUGAUUUGAAAAGAGCGAACGAGUUGUUAUACGGCGCAGCGAAAGAGUCUGGCGAGCUGUUACGUCUCAUUCGAGACGCGCAGAAUGACAUUGCUAAAAGCGGCGACGACCCGACGCGACGAGCGCGGGGCGAGCAAAAGCUCGAAAAAUUUGUCAAUCGUUUACAACUCGUAGAGUCGACGUUAACGAAGAAUGCAAAAGAGAUAGAUUCAACUGUCGUUCGAACUGUGCCAGUUGAAUAUCACGGCAUCGCUUCGGAUGUGAUCAUGAUGGGUGAUUUCGAUGGGUGGACGAGAGGAAUUCAAUUAUACCCGAGUUUCGUGGAAGGCGGGAGUAGCACGUUUACGGGCGAAGCGAGAUUACCGCCGGGAACGUAUCUCGUUAAAUUCAAAGUCGACGGCGAAUGGCGAUUGGCUCGAGAGUGGCCCUCGAGUGGCGAAGGAUUUGAUGCGAACAACGUUUUGACGGUCAUGUAG